UAUAACUGCUUAAUUAUGUGUUGUCAUGCACAGAAUUUAAUAAUUAUUUGUAAGUUACAGGUACCAAUGAUACUCGUUGGAAAUAAAUGCGACUUGGAGGAUGAGCGCGUUGUAGGUAAAGACCAAGGAUCAAAUUUGGCCCGUGCAUUCAAUAGUGCUUUUCUUGAAACUUCAGCUAAGGCAAAAAUUAAUGUUAAUGAGGUUUUUUAUGAUCUUGUUCGUCAAAUCAAUCGUCGUCAUCCGGAAGUAAACAAGCGUCAGACGGGUUCAGCAACGUGUUGUUGUAGUGUGAUAUGA